UUAAGUUUGCACUCACAUCUUAAACCGAUAUUUCGCCUCUUUGAACCUUUUUUUUAAUAAAUGAACAAGGCACAUCAAGCUUUUAAAACGAUUUCAACUGCGCGUUUUACUCUAAAAAUAAACUAAUAUUGGCGAGCAAUUAACACAAUUCUACCAUGACCCCCUUUCAGACAAUGGUAUAAUCCAAGAGGCAGUGAAGAGCAGUGAGACACAUCAAGCCUGUGACAGCGUAGAAACUUGAGUUUUAUAGCAGGGAUUUACAGUACAGCGGCUAAUAGAAAGGCUGCACAAUGUCCUUGAAGCCACGGGUGGUGGAUUUCGACGAGACAUGGAACAAGUUACUAACGACAAUCAAGGCUGUUGUGAUGCUCGACUAUGUGGAGAGAGCAACGUGGAACGACCGUUUCUCUGAUAUAUAUGCCUUGUGUGUCGCAUACCCUGAGCCUUUAGGUGAGAGAUUAUACAGCGAAACAAAAGUCUUUCUCGAGAAUCAUGUUCGGAAUUUGUACAAGAAAGUCUUGGAAUCUGAAGAGAAGGUUUUAGUGAUGUAUCACAGAUAUUGGGACGAAUACAGCAAAGGGGCGGACUACAUGGACUGCUUGUACAGGUAUCUCAACACACAGUUCAUUAAGAAGAACAAACUGACAGAGGCAGACCUCCAGUACGGCUAUGGGGGAGGGGACUUGAAUGAGCCACUCAUGGAGAUCGGAGAGUUGGCGCUGGAUAUGUGGAGGAAGCUCAUGAUUGAGCCUCUUCAAGCCAUUCUGAUCCGGAUGUUGCUGAAUGAAAUCAAAAAUGACCGCUGUGGUGAGAACCCCAACCAGAAAGUGAUCCACGGGGUAAUCAACUCCUUUGUUCACGUGGAGCAGUACAAGAAGAAGUUUCCGCUGAAGUUUUAUCAGGAAAUCUUCGAAGGGGAGUUUGUGACAAAAACGGGAGAGUAUUACAAACAGGAAGCGUCCAAUUUACUCCAAGAAUCCAACUGCUCACAGUAUAUGGAAAAGGUUUUGGGGCGGUUGAAAGAUGAAGAGAUGCGAUGCCGGAAGUACCUGCACCCGAGCUCCUACGCCAAAGUCAUCAAUGAAUGCCAGCAGAGGAUGGUGGCGGACCAUCUGCAGUUCCUCCACGCAGAGUGUCAGAACAUUAUUCGGCAGGAGAAGCGAGAUGACAUGGCCAACAUGUACACACUCUUGCGAGCCGUGUCCAACGGUUUGCCGCACAUGAUCCAGGAGUUGCAGGUCCAUAUCAACAAUGAGGGGAUACGAGGCACCAGUAAUCUAUCUCUGGAAAACAUGCCGACCCUAUUUGUGGAGUCAGUGCUAGAAGUUCAUAGUAAAUUUGUUCAGCUCAUUAACACAGUUCUGAAUGGAGACCAGCACUUCAUGAGUGCGCUCGAUAAGGCUUUGACGUCAGUAGUCAACUUCAGGGAGCCUAAGUCCAUCUGUAAAGCCCCAGAACUGCUGGCCAAAUACUGUGACAAUCUCCUGAAAAAAUCUGCAAAGGGAAUGACCGAAAAUGAGGUGGAGGACAAACUGACCAGCUUCAUCACCGUUUUUAAGUACAUCGACGACAAAGACAUUUUUCAAAAGUUUUAUGCCCGAAUGCUAGCAAAGCGAUUAAUACAUAGUUUAUCGUUGUCAAUGGACUCAGAAGAAGCCAUGAUCAACAAAUUAAAGCAAGCAUGCGGCUAUGAGUUCACGAGCAAACUUCACAGAAUGUAUACGGACAUGAGUGUGAGUGCCGACCUCAACAACAAGUUUAACAAUUUCAUCAAGACAGAGGAGACCGUCGUGGACUUGGGCAUCAGCUUCCAGAUAUACGUAUUACAGGCUGGAGCGUGGCCACUCACACACAUCCCAUCCUCCACAUUCGCCAUCCCACAAGAACUGGAGAAGAGCGUCCAGAUGUUUGAAUUGUUCUAUAAUCAGCACUUCAGUGGGAGGAAACUGACUUGGCUACACUACCUCUGCACAGGCGAAGUGAAGAUGAACUACUUGUCCAAGCCCUACGUCGCCAUGGUGACCACCUAUCAGAUGGCCGUGCUCCUCGCGUUCAACAACAGUCAGACGGUGACAUACAAGGAGCUGCAGGAUGGUACCCAAAUGAACGAGAAGGAGCUACAGAAGACCAUCAAGUCCCUUUUCGACGUGAAGAUGCUCAACCACAACUCAGAAAAGGAGGAGAUUGAUGCUGAAUCCACGUUUUCGCUGAAUAUGUCCUUUGUCAGUAAAAGGACCAAGUUCAAGAUCACAACGUCAAUGCAGAAGGACACCCCACAGGAGAUGGAGCAGACUCGGAGUGCUGUAGACGAGGACCGCAAAAUGUAUUUACAAGCUGCUCUAGUGAGAAUCAUGAAGGCCCGCAAAGUGCUCAGACACAAUGCCCUCAUACAAGAGGUCAUCAAUCAGUCCAAAGCCAGGUUCAACCCCAGUAUCAGUAUGAUCAAGAAGUGCAUAGAAGUGCUCAUCGACAAGCAGUACAUCGAGCGAAGCCAAACCUCUGCGGAUGAGUACAGCUAUAUCGCUUAGCGAUGGAGUCGGGAGAGCCGCAGAAAGCAAACCACACAAUGGACUCACACAUCCCGUUUUUUUUUUUUUUUUUUUUUUUUUUUUUGCGGGUUGGCUGUCGCCAUCUGCUGGUAGCCAAACAUGGUGACUAAAGCAGGCUUGGAAAGCCAAGACAAUUUCCCACACUCCACCCAACGUCUGAUUUUAAGCUGUUUACAAGAUCACCAGUGCCACGUGCAUUAUGUGCGCGUACGACGACUCAAAGAGAAUGCCUGUGUAUUGUGGUUAUUGGUGAGGAAAGAGCAGAAGGGCCUCCGAAGUGACUGAAAAUAAAAUCAUAGAUUGGAAAGUAAGUCGGGGCAUCAGUGGUGCAUUGAUUGCUACACAUUUUAAAAACAGGCUUUCUUUUCUCAUGUUUGCAGUUCUUGUGUGUGUGUGUGAGAGAGUGCGUGCGUGCGUGUUUUUUUUAAUGUUCUGAUUAGGAAAAAUUCUGUAAUAAAAGCGGUAUACUGACUAUUGUAUUUACUUUCAGAUGUAAAAAAAAAAGACAAACAUGAUCUUACUGCUUGUCAAUUAAAUAAAAAGAAUUCACGAGGCUUUUAUUUAAACUUUUGCCCAAUGAGUUUAUUUCAGUACCACACGUUUCUGUCAUUACGACUUAUAUGGGAGCCUGUCUAGACUCGGCUUUUAUUGUGCCAGAGCACCAUGGGGUGUCAUGAAAGAACAUCUUAGUGUCUGAUAAAUGAAUACGGUUGUAUUUGGGACGAAAAAAAUAAAGGGAACUCGUGGAGUUCCAUUGUGCUGUUAAA